UCUGCAACUAUUAGUGGCGCUGAAAAAGCAUAUAAGAUGAAUAAGCCUGCUAUGUAUAACAGCAAUCAAAAGAUACUGCAUGGAUUUCUUAUCUACUGCAGAGCGUAUUUCUUGCAUUACAAGACUCAGUUUAUUAAGAAAUCUGAGAAAGUUAUUCUUGCAGAAACUUAUCUUGAAAAGAAUGCUCUUAUCUGA